UGAGGAGGAGAGGGAGCGGUGUGCGCACUGCUGGGUCCAAACCAUCACACAAGGGCUGCUGGAGCGAAAGAAGGGGGCAGAAGGAAAGUCAGCCGUCCUGUCAUUUACGGGAAUCCGCUCACUUGGCGUCCUCUCAUCCUCAGCUGUCUGUCUGCCUUUGCCGGGUUAUGCGUUUCACCGGCGCAUAAACCGGACCGGUGUGUCUCCAUCCGUGGCGCGAGGCUUCGGCAGAUUGGGUGAAUUUGUGAGGUGAAGCCUCUCUGAGGGGGAAGAUGGACGCGUUUUUCACAGAGGGGGCGCGUGUGUGGGUGAAGGAGAAAGAGCAGCUACUUCCUUCUACGGUGAACUCCUGUGGAGACGGAACACUCAUACUCACUACUGACUAUGGAGAGGUGUUGUAUCUGCAGUUGGUGGACGUUAACAGGGAGAAGGUGUACCCCAUGCACCAGAGCAGUAUUGAUGGAGUGGAGGACAUGUCUGCUCUGGCCGAGCUGCAUGAGGCCGCCAUCAUGCACAACCUCCACCAGCGCUACCAGAAAGACAACAUCUAUACUAACAUAGGCUCCAUCCUGGCAGCGGUCAACCCCUAUAAGCAGAUUGCGGGACUGUAUGAUCCGUCUGCAGUGGAUUUGUACAGUCAGCAUCACCUGGGGGAGCUCCCGCCUCAUAUCUUUGCAGUGGCCAAUGAGAGCUACCGCUGCCUGUGGAAGAGACACGACAGCCAAUGCGUACUCAUCAGUGGAGAGAGUGGAGCUGGAAAAACAGAGAGCACUAAACUACUGCUGCAGUUCCUGUCCGUCAUGAGCCAAAAUUCCGCUGGGACUCCGUCCUCAGAGAACACCACACGCGUUGAGCAAGCCAUCGUACAGAGCAGUCCCAUCAUGGAGGCGUUUGGGAAUGCCAAAACUGUUUACAACAACAACUCUAGUCGCUUUGGCAAAUUCAUCCAGCUACAUUUUUCUCAGAGUGGCAACAUCCAGGGAGGCUGCAUUGUCGACUAUUUACUCGAAAAGAAUCGUGUGGUGAGACAGAAUCCAGGAGAGAGAAACUAUCACAUCUUCUACGCUUUACUAGCUGGAGCAGAUAAAGCGCAGAAAGAAACGUAUUUCCUGGCAGACCCACCUGAGUCGUUUCAUUACCUGAGCCAGUCGGGCUGUGUGAAGGACAGGAUUCUGGAUGAAAAGAAGCUCUAUGACAGUGUCAUGGAGGCACUGAAGGUGUUGGAGUUUACAGAGGAGGAGAUCAGAGACAUGUUCAAGCUGCUGUCUGGAGUUCUGCAGCUAGGCAACAUUGAGUUCAUGACAGCAGGGGGUGCUCAAAUCACCACCAAACAAGUGGUCACUAAUGUCAGUGAGUUACUGGGGCUGGACUCAUUCCAGUUAUCUGAAGUUCUAACCCAGCGCUCCAUGAUCCUCAGAGGAGAGGAGAUCUGCUCCCCACUUACUGUAGAACAGGCAAUAGAUUCACGGGAUUCGGUUGCCAUGGCGUUAUACUCUCAGUGCUUCUCCUGGAUCAUCAUGCGAAUCAAUCAAAAGAUCAAUGGUAAAGACAACUUCAAGUCCAUCGGCAUCCUCGACAUCUUUGGUUUUGAGAACUUUGAGGUGAACCGUUUUGAACAGUUCAAUAUCAAUUACGCUAAUGAGAAACUGCAGGAAUACUUCAACAAGCACAUCUUCUCUCUGGAGCAACUUGAGUACAACAGGGAGGGUAUUCGCUGGGAGGCCAUUGACUGGAUGGACAAUGCAGAAUGUCUGGAUCUCAUUGAAAAAAAACUGGGCCUGCUGGCUCUGGUUAAUGAGGAGAGCCGAUUCCCUAAAGGCACUGACUUCACUCUGCUGGAGAAACUACACAGUCGUCACUCUACUAACCCUUACUAUGUGAAGCCCAGGCUGGCAGACCAUCAGUUUGGCAUCAAGCACUAUGCCGGAGAGGUUUUAUAUGAUGUAAGAGGGAUCUUGGAGAAGAACAGAGACACGUUUAGGGAUGAUAUCCUGAACAUGCUGAAAGACAGCAGGCUGGACUUCAUAUAUGACUUGUUUGAGCAAGUAGGGAGCAGGAAUAAUGAGGAGACUCUGAAAAUGGGCACUGCCAGAAAAAAGCCCACUGUCAGCUCCCAGUUCAGAGAUUCCCUCCAUUCCCUAAUGGCCACUCUGAGUGUGUCCAACCCUUUCUUUGUGCGCUGCAUCAAACCCAACAUGGACAAGACGCCCAACAGCUUUGUCCCAGAAGUGGUUCUGAAUCAGUUGCGCUACUCAGGCAUGCUGGAGACGGUGAAGAUCCGCAGAGCAGGCUUUCCUGUCAGACGCACUUUCAAAGACUUCUUCAUCAGGUAUAAGAUCAUUCUGAAUGACAGGGGAGCGGGGGCUGAGGGGGAUGAGAAGAAGAAAUGCACGGACCUGCUCACCAAAUACGAUCAUGCAAAGAAAGAGUGGCAGUUCGGGAAGACCAAGGUGUUUAUGAAGGAGUGUCUUGAGCAGAAACUGGAGAAGGAGAGAGAUGAGGUGCGCCGCAAAGCUGGCCUCAUCAUACGGGCACAUCUGCUUAGUUACAUAGCAAGGAAGCACUUUAAGAAAGCUCUGGCCAGCAUUGUGACCUUUCAGAAGAACUACCGUGCCCACUUCUACCGACAGAAGUUUCUACGGAAACGCUCAGCAGCUCUGGUUCUGCAGAAACACAGGCGAGGGCAGGUGGCGCGGGGCACCUACCGAAAACUACGAGAGGAUAAGAUAAAGAGAGAGGAGGAGGAGAGGAAGAAGAGAGAAUUGGAAGAAAAGAAGAGAGAGGCAGAGGGGGCCCAGGCAAAAGAAGGAGAGGCAUCCAAAGAAGAGAAUGCAGCAGAAGGAGAAGAUAAAGCACAGCGCUCGACAGAUGAGGAGACUCGUCAGAUGGAGGAGAUCCUACGCUUAGAGAGGGAGAUUGAGCGGCUACAGAAGCAGAGGGAGGAUGGUGUGUCCAUGCUGUGUGAGAGUUCACGGCAGGAGCUUCGUCUGCGCCGUGACGCUGAGUCGCUGCGGCUGAAGAAGGAGGCUUCCCGUGCUGCUACUCAGUCACUUGACCUGCAACACUUUGACCCCAAACGUGCCUCCCCUGCGCCUCCCCCUGCCCUGCGUGAGGAGGAGGUGGACGAAGGCUUCCAUGCUGAAGAGGAGUGCAUCCCUCUGCCCGAUUUUCCACCCCCUGCCGAGGGGCCUCCAGAUCAAGAGAUUUUAGCCACCUUACCCCCUCCUCCCGCAGCCUUCGCAGAGGGCACAGUAGGAUCUGGAACACCUGCUGCAGCACCGGACGUCCCUGGCGCUCCGAAUGCCCCCCCUCCUCCCCCACCGCCACCACCUCCUCCCCCACCUCCUCCACCUCCACUGCCGGGAGAGGGUGCGGAGGUGAAGAAGGAUGUUUCCGAGCCUGCUGCGCCUGAAAAAGAGGAGGGGAAGGUGGACAAGGAGAAGAAGAAGGCAGAGGAGGGAGGGGAAGAGGGAGUGGACCAGGGCAGGAAGCUGACCACUUCUGAAUCCAUGAUGGAUGCAGAGGAGCCUAUCUACAGCAUGCCACUGGACACAGAGUCUGACUACGACCAGGAUGAGCUGGAGGAUGGCCAGAGCAGUACGGCGGCCACCGAUCCUGAACACGCCCGCAAGUCCACCUGCACCAAUGCCAGCCAGGAGUCCUACAACCGCAGCUCUGACUCGUAUGUGGAGAGCGAUGAAGAGCAUGAUGGCUACGCAGACACAGACGAGGAGGUAUCAAAUGGAAAAGUGAACGUGUUGAAUGGUAACGGGCCGCCGUACUUCCACAGCUACCUCUAUAUGAAGGCUGGCCUGAUGAUCCCGUGGAGAAGGCGCUGGUGUGUGCUGAAGGACGAGACCUUCAUGUGGUUCCGCUCUAAGCAGGAGUCCCUGAAGUCGGGCUGGUUGUAUAAGAAGGGUGGGGGUCUGUCCACUCUGUCUCGAAGGAACUGGAAGAUGCGCUGGUUCGUGCUGCGUGACUCCAAACUCAUGUAUUUUGAGAAUGACAGCGAGGAGAAGCUGAAGGGAACCAUCGACAUCCGAACAGCCAAGGAGAUAGUGGACAACCAUGAGAAAGAGAAUGCUCUGAACAUCGUAACGGACGAGAGGACAUAUCAAGUGUUUGCAGAGUCACCAGAGGAUGCCAGUGGUUGGUUUAACGUCUUGAGUCGGGUCCACACGGCUUCUCCUGAGCAGCUGCUGGAGAUGUCCCAUGAGCAGGCCAACCCAAAGAAUGCUGUGGGCACUCUGGAUGUGGGGCUGAUCGACUCAGUUUGCGCAUCUGAUAAUCCUGACCGGCCCAACUCGUUUGUAAUUAUCACAGCCAAUCGAGUGAUCCACUGUAAUACUGAUCUGCCGGAAGAGAUGCACCACUGGAUCAGCCUCCUACAGAAGCCCAAAGGAGACUCCAAGAUCGAAGGACAGGAGUUCCUGGUCAGAGGUUGGCUGCACAAAGAGGUAAAGACUGGAGCCAAGAGCAGUGCACUGAAGCUGAAGAAGCGCUGGUUUGUCCUGACCAAUAACUCUUUGGACUACUACAAGUCGGCUGAGCGCAGCGCAUCUAAGAUGGGCACCCUGGUCCUCAACAGCCUCUGCUCUGUGGUCCAACCCGAGGAAAAGGUCUUCAAAGAGACGGGUUACUGGAACAUCAUAGUUCACGGGCGCAAGCAUUCCUACCGGCUCUACACAAAGAUGCUAAACGAAGCCAUGAGAUGGGUGUCAGCCAUCCAAGGAGUCAUCGAGAACAAGGCGCCCAUCGAGACGCCUACUCAACAACUUAUUAGAGACAUCAAGGAAAACAGUGUGAAUUCAGAGGCAGUAGAGCAGAUGUAUCGCAGAAACCCCAUUCUCAGAUAUACCCAGCAUCCCUUGCACUCACCCCUCCUGCCUUUGCCCUAUGGAGAGGUCAACGACAGCUCACAAAAAGAAAAGGGUUAUGGCAGCCUGCAGGAUGAGGCGGUGAAGAUCUUCAACUCUCUACAGGAGAUGGAGAUUGUUUCUGACCCCAUAGCCAUCAUCCAAGGCAUCCUGCAGACCUGCCACGAUCUCAAGCCACUAAGAGACGAGGUCUACUGUCAGCUGAUCAAACAGACCAAUCACGUUCCCCAGCCCAACAGCCCAGCCAACCGUGCACACUGGCACCUGCUCACCUGCAUGAGCUGCACUUUCCUGCCCAGUCGUGCCAUCUUGCGCUACCUCCGCUUCCAUCUCAAGAGGGUUAGGGAGCGUUACCCUGGCACCGAAAUCGAGAAAUAUGCCCACUUCAUUGGUGAGUCUCUAAAGAAGACCAAGACCAGGGAAUUUGUGCCAUCUCAGGAAGAGAUUGUCGCCCUGCUGACCAGACAGGAGAUGACCACCACUGUGUACUGCCACGGAGGAGGAUCCUGCAAAAUUUCAAUCAACUCGCAUACAACUGCAGGAGAGGUCGUGGAGAAGCUGAUCCGAGGUCUGGCGAUGGAUAACAGCAGGAAUUUAUUUUCUCUGUUUGAGCACAACAAGGUCGAGAGCCGGGCUAUUGAGAGCCGCGUCAUUGUAGCAGAUGUACUCGCUAAGUUUGAGAGGCUGGCAGGGAGUGAGGAGGAGGAGGAAGAUGGACCCUGGAGGCUUUAUUUUAAACUUUAUUGCUUCCUUGAUGUGGAGAGCAUGCCCAAAGAAGGGGUGGAGUUUGCCUUUAUGUUUGAGCAGGCUCAUGAGAGUCUAAUCAGUGGUCAUUUUCCAGCCCUUGAGGAGACGCUGCAGCACCUGGCUGCUCUCCGCCUGCAGUAUAUCCACGGAGAUGUGGCGCGGACGCCCUGGAGCCUCAGCAGUGUGUAUCCUGUGGCCCGGCUUCGUACGCGAAUCCUGCAGUCCACCAAGGCCGGUGGGGCAGGAGCUCCAGGGGUUGGUGUGGUGGGACCGGGGGGUCACACUCUGGAGAGGAGACGAACCAGCUUCCUGGAUGGGACGCUGAGACGCAGCUUUAAGACGGGGUCUCUCAAGAAGCAGCGGGUGGAGGAGGAGCAGAUGCUGGAGAUGUUUGUGAAGGAGGAGAUGUCAGCCACACUGACCAGUGUGCUGGAGAAAUGGAACCGGUUACAAGGCAUGCCCCAGCACCAGGCCAUGCUGAAGUACAUGACCAUCAUUAAAGAGUGGCCAGGGUACGGGUCCACACUCUUCGAUGUAGAGUGUAAAGAAGGGGGCUUCCCUCAUGACCUGUGGUUGGGAGUGAGUGCAGAAAAUGUGUCUGUUUACAAGAGAGGAGAGCCCAAACCGCUCGAGACCUUCCAGUAUGAGCAUAUCGUCUUCUUCGGAGCACCCCAGCCCAGCACCUACAAAAUCACUGUGGAUGAGAGAGAGAUGUUCUUCGAAACUCCUCAGGUGGGUGAGAUCACUAAGAUCAUGAAGGCUUAUAUCAACAUGAUUGUUAAGAAGCGCUGCAGCGUCAUGUCCGUCACCAGCACCAGCAGCGCUUGGAUCAGGUGAUUGACACAAGGGUAAUCAAGGUGGUGCAAUGACAAGAGAGAGGACACCUCCCUGUUUGACCAAUAAAUAUAACCACACCUACCUGCUGAGUAUGGAUAUGAGAGAAAAAGAGAGAGAGGGAUGCAAAAUCACUUACACUUGGCUCUGCUUAAACCCUCUUAUUUAUUCUAAAAGCAACACUGUACUUGUGUCAGUUUAGUAUAAUUUAUUUGCCACUACCAGCUACACUUCUAUAAAAGCACAACCAAACCUGCCAGUCCUGUCACUGUAAACCCUCCCUCACUGCCAGCACUAAGACUGAAGACCAAGCCUGUACAUUCUCCUCUCUUUUCUCCCAUCCUCCCAACAUCAGCUCUCUCUCAGUGUCAACUUGUGGUUGAUAUCAUCUCCAGCCCCAAGGACCAAUGACUGAGCCAUCCCUGAAAAGUGGGCUGAGCGUGAGUUUGUUCUGUUCUCACUUUUCCCCGUUUCCUGAAAAGUGAACUCUCCAUUAAGAAUCACACUCAGAGCCAUUUUCUAAUGCCUGGGCCACUGAUGGCAUUUUUGUGAUCUCCUCUAUCAGCAUUAGUGUAAGACAGCCAACAGAGAACUGUCCAUCUCUCUACAUACGUGCCCUGGGACUGACCAGAGAUCUGAAGUGUAAAGAAAUCGUCUAAGAGAGCCACUGUAACUGCAACUAUUCUAAUGCCAGUGUGAGUUCAAUGCUUUUCACACAGCAGCGUCAAAACUAUAUUUUAUACUUCAGUGUAAAUGUGACUAUACUUCAUUUAACUGUCUUUGAGUCUAAGGGGGUUAAAUUAAGGCAUUUUGAGAAAUUAUGUGGAACCGAUAUUAAGUCUGCAAGUGAAACAAACAGGAUUUAAUUCUGUUCUCUAAAUGCCAAUGCACAAUAGUACGACAGUGAGCAAGUGAACGAGUUUCAGUCACUCUACAAGAAAACUGCACAGCAAUUUUGAAAGCCUCUAGAUACCUCCUUGCCCCCAGCAUGGCAAGCCAAUUACUGAGUGGUGCAACUGAAGAUACAUCAGUAUUAUACCAAGCAAGGCUGAGCCUGAGCUGGGGAUGGCACUGCGACCAGCGUACAGAUCUGCUCCAUAAACUAUAAGAACUUUUAGUGUACCGUGAGACAUUCAUUUUAAAAUGGUAUGUUGCGAAUGAAGUUAUUAAAUGAAAUCUAAAAUAUAUAGUUCUUUCCUCAGUUAUAAUACAAUUGUACUUAACAGUAAGCCAGUGUUAAUGCCUUCAAUUCCACCAUAAAGCAGCAGGAAAUCAUUUCCAAGUUUUUAUGUUUUGACCUUAAAUGCUGUUCAGACCAAAUAUAGUGAGAAGUAAUUUGUAUUUCUAAUCCAAUGAUCAGUAUGAAGCUUAAGGACAGAAUAUUAAGCCUUUAUCUUUGAAAGGUGUUUUUCUUGAUACGUUGCUUCUGUUUAGUUCCCCACUGGAAUAUAAAAGAAACUUUACAAAGACUAAUUAUAACCUACAGGAGAAAAUGAGCCCACUUCUAGGCUCAGGCUUUGCAAAACAAAUAGGUUUUUUAUCUGGAUUUAAAAAGACCUGUCAAACGUCCUAUUAUUCCUAGUAGUAUUCCUAAUAUUCUCUAGAAUGCUGUUCCAAAGCUUAGGAGCAAGAUAAUGGAAGAUAAUGAACUUCCAUCAACUGAACUCUUGGUGAUCCUAGAUAUUUGCAGUAAGCCUGCCUCAAUUGAGCGAAAUAGUCUGGACAAGUUAUUCAAUAGAUCAGCAAGACUUGGCAGAAAUGGGCCAUUAAAGCUUUAAAUGUCACAUCCAAGACCUUGUAGUCAAUGCACAACUUAGUAGGAAGCCAGUGAAAACUAAUACCAGAGUAUGCCCAAAAAAGACAUGGGCUACUGCAUUCUGAACUAGCUGGAGCCUAUUUAGAGAAACAACAGGGCAACUAGUCAGUAAGUAGUAAAGUCUUCUAUGACUGAAAUGAUAGACUAACAAGCAUCCAGGGUUACAUUUCAGGUGUUUCUGUACUUAAGCUUAAUAUCUGAAAUACAAAUUUUAUGAAUAUUCCAACAGUAUAACCAAUUUACCAGUAUUUUAAACCAUGUUUAUUAAGAGGGUUGUCAGCGUGUCUACUUAAUUGACUGUAAAUAUUGGGGAUUAAAGCACUUAUUUUAACAGUCUGACUUUGUGGAGGGACAUCAGAAUUUGCCUUUGGUCCCUUUAAUCCAGUAAUGAAGUGGCCACAAGUGACCACUAGUCAUUAAUAACAACUUAUAUGAACUAAUAAUGAACAGCCUAAAUUAAAACUGAACCCUAGUUAGCAUGAUAGAAAGUGACAAACUGAAUAACUUGUGGUUUUGUUCUGGUUGUUUUCUUUUGGAGGCUUCAGUUUUAUCCGGCAACCAGUUUAAAUCAGUACUUCACUCAAAACUGUGAACAUGGCUUACAAUGACUGAAAGCUAAUAAGGGCCCAUUAGCAUGCUCUCAGAUGCAUAAUGUUAAUCCAUAACAUGUUUUAUUUCUUGUUACUAAGGUUGGCCUUUUUGAGUGAAGUAAUUUUGUAGCCCUGCACUGCAGCGGAGUCAGAGUCACUGCACAAGAUGCGUAUCAACAUAACAUUAUUCAUAUCAACACUCCGAGUAAGUCCAAGUACGCCUGUAUUGUCUUUUUCUUUGAAACAUAUGAAUAUAAAACUACUGUAUCUCCCAACAGUACCUGUGUAACUUUGCUGUUUGAUAUGCAACUAUAUUUGUCAAUGUAAUGCAAGCUCCUUUGUGUGUGUGUCUGAGAGUUUUGAACUUAAAAAUGGAAAGAAACUAAGCGAGCAAAAAAGGUCUGUGGUUAUGACGUCGUGGAGAAAUAAGCAUACGUGUAAGGGUAUUUCUGUUAUGGGUGGGUGUUGUGAUUGUCCUAGGAGGCACAGGAAAGGCUAUG